GGACGACGAUAAUGUCGACAAUACUUGGUUAAAGAGAAUAAGAGAAUACAUAAACUUUUGCAGUAGUAUUCAAUAGUAUCUGAUAAAGUCGUCUCCGUUGUCGGUUAAUUACUGUUUCAUCUUAUUUCUUGCUCGUAAAGACAAUUUUCUGCCCAAGUAUAUAGUGAUUAGAGCAAAGAAAUUGUUUGCUUCUCCUAUGUGUUGUAUACACUUUAUUUGUCAAAGUGAUGCGAAAAGAAAAAUACAAAGUAAGCUUGAAAUGUAUUAAUUUGAUAUAGCAUACGCAAUGUUGAGGAGCCAAAUAAAUCGUGGGAGUCACACAUGGGUUGAAAACCUCAAUAUCGAAAGGUGAGAAAAUUUCUUGAUUAUACACAAUAGUGAGUGUGUUCAACCCCCCCGAGGGAAGAAUUUCAGUACGUACGAUAACGUACAAAUCUUUGGAUUCGGUUUAUCUACCUGCUUCUAAAAUCAAGAUGGCAUCUACAAGUCAAGCCGCGAAUUCACCAGGAGUUUCUGCUGCGACGACGACACCUUCGUCAAAAUCUCAAACACCUUCGAUCAUAAAUUCUCAGCUAGGCGAUGGUAAUCGGGGCAAUAAUUUUGAACCUCUCGACAAAAGUUCUUCAAACACGCUCAAGCGUAAUCCAAAAAUGGAGUUGAGCAAAACAGAUUUGGUCGAGUUAUUAGGAUAUUUAGAAGGUGAACUUCAAGCACGAGAUAUUGUUAUAGCAGCGUUAAAAUCGGAGAAAAUGAAACACCUAUUGAGUUCUCGAUAUCGUAGCGGUACUUCUGAUCCUCAUUCAGCUCUUGCAAGAGACGUAGCUAUAGUUGGUGGAACAAUUGGACCUCAAGGGAGUCAAGUUGAUCAACAAACUGCAAGCUUAGAAGCUCUUAUCACACAACAAAGGCGCAUGCAGUGUCGCAUGGCUAAAGUUCUUAAGGAAGCUGAAAUCAGACAUCGAGCAGUAAUCAAAGAAUUGGAAGAGGAAAAGAGAAAACACGAGCACGAUACAGCUCAGGGAGAUGAUAUUACUUACGGUCUUGAAAAGGAGAGAACACGUUUAAAAAAAGAAUUAGAAUUAGAAAAAUUGGAUAAAAAACGAAUUGAGCAAGAUAUGAAAAAAUUGAAUGACACAUUAGAUGAAGAAAAAAGUCGACAGAAGCAAAUAGUACUUUUAUUGCUUGCCGAAAGAAAGAAGAUAAUAAUGAAAUAUAUUGAAGAAAGAAAAAGAUCUGAGGAUUUGGCGCAAAUUUUAAGUGAAGAGAAGGUACGUAUUGAUUCAAUGGCCGAGGGUCUCGAGGAGGAAAGUAAAAAAUCACUACAAAUGGAAGCUGAAUUAGAAAAACAAUUAGCACAAUUUGAUAUCGAGAGACAACAAUAUAGACAGGGGUUGACAAAAGAAGAGAAAAAAGUUAAAGACCUAGAAGCUGAAUUGGAAAAGCUUAAAUCGGAAAUAGAAACUGGUAAAGAAUCACAGGCACGUGGUCCUAUUCGUGGUGUGGGUGCAACUCCUCCACCUCCACCUGCAAAACCUGCAAAUUUGACAGCUUUACCAACUCUUAAACCUGUUAAUGCGCCUCAAACAAUUAAAGGAGCCGUUUUAGGCACUGGUACUCCAAUGGUGAGCAGUAAAGUUGUUCAACCAACAGCUACAGUUUCUAGUGUUCCAGUUAGUGGACCCACUACAGGAAUAGCCAGAUCUGUAACUCCUGGACAAGCGAUACGAGGAACGGCAUUUACACCAAGUAAUCCAGCAUCAACUACAGAAACGCCACCGACCACUGAGGCUCAGGCAUUACACAAACGACCAGUUGUACCAGCUCCUGCGAAUUCUGGUGGUGCAGCUACUAAAAUCGUUGCUCCUACAACUCAAACACCAGGAAAACUUCCAACGUAUAAUGCAAAUGCAACAUCAGCUUCAUCUCCAACACCAGGAAUAUUAACUGUUAAGAAACCGCCAGUGUCACGUGGAGUACCACCGCCAGUACCACCAAAUAAACCAGUGGUACCACCGAAAAAGGAAGCUGCAUAUCUUCGAAGAACCGAAUCGUCACAAUUGGCCACUGAUAAAUUUAUAAAACCUGUUGCUGUUAAUACUGCCUCUACUAAUCUACAAAAUCAACAACAACAACCCAUCGCGGUGUCGACGCACUCCACUGAAGAAGAGGUCAGUAAUGCUAUCUAAAUGAUCCGUAAAAUGAGAAUUUUUAUUUAAUUCAAACAUAUAAAUGAAAUUAAAGUGAUUUUCCUCUUAGAUUAACGAUCAUUAUAGGAUGAUUAUAUUUACCAUUUUGUUUCUAACUAAAAAUAGAAAUAAAAAAAAUUUUUUUUUUAAAAGAAUGAUAGAAACUUUAAGAGAAAGUUAAAGAGAACUCUGUCAAGAAAAUACUUUUGAGAAAUUACUCUAAUAUCGAUUUUAAAAUUAUAUUCUAAUUAUAUUUUUCUAUCUCAAUUAACUCGGAAUCAGUUGUAUCGUAAUUUCUCGAAAUACCUUUUUUUUAAAAAAAAAAACAGCAACUAAAUCAAAAGUCUUUUCUUGUACAAGUCAAAUCAGUAUAUUUUGUAAAUAAUUAAAAAAAAAUUAUUUCUGUAUGUAAAUUUAAAUAACCAUAAAUAGUUAGACUACAUUGAGAUUUACAUAAAUUAAUAAUUGUAUAGUUUAUAUUGUUAAAAUUUAAGGGCAGCUUCUACUAGAUAACUCAAAACUUAAUUAAAUUUUGAAAUAUUCAAAAUUAGUAGAUACGUGUUUAAUUUAUAUAUCACGACAGCAGCUUUAAAGCUGUUUUUAUAAAAUAAUACGACAAUUCGCUAAAUGAAAAUUAAAGCGUUAAACAAAGAGUUGUCUACUAAAGUGCAGAAUUGCUUUUUAUAAUUGGAAAAAUUCAAUUAUAUUAACUUUAGAAUUAUUUUAAAAGUCACUUACAAUUAGUUUAAAUAAAGAAUCUAUUUUUAUUUUCAAAACUGCUAGUCUAUUUUAAAAUUGAAAAAAUUUACAAUUAAAUUAGAAUUUCUAAGGAAACAGAAUUCAAUUUUUUAAAAUUGUUUCCUUUCUCAAUUUGCUCCAAUUUUAUGCGAUUUAGUUUAAUUAAUUUUUUUUUUUAAUACCGAAUAAUCAUGAUACACUGCCUCUAUUCGACUUGCGUUCAAAAUAGUACAAAAGAAAAUAAUUUAACUCAAUUUGUAAUUUUUGUUUGAAUUAUUAUGUAUCUGUAUAGACGCAAGUUGGAUAUAUAUUUUCAAGAUUUUUUUCCUUUUUCUGUUUUAAUGCAGAAAAAAAAAAUGCUUCCACUUUAAAUACAAUAAAAGAACGAAAAAAGCAGCACAUAAUAUGAAAAACAAUAAUAAAUAAUAAUUAAAGUGAUACUUAAGUAAUAGAGUGAAAAAAUAAUUGCAAAAAAGGCGUUUGAUUUUUUCACAAAUAGUCAACUUUAUAAUAGUGUGAUAGCAAGUCAACCUUUUACCAGAGUUUACAAAAUGGAACUUGUAAUCAAAAUGCAUAAUAUCUUAUUUCUAUUUGUUAUAUAGAAGAAGAGAUAAAAAAAAUGCUGCCAAUAAAGAAUUGAUUUUGAGAUUAUAUAUACAUAUUAUAAUAAUAGACUCCUAAGAAACAUUAUUCCAUGUAUAGUCGAUGUCAAAUGAAAAAAAUAGACCAACUCAAGGAUUGUUUUACUAGAAUUAUUAUAAUGUAAAUAUAGAAAAUUAUUAUAUAGACUCAUUUGGAAAAAAUGUAAUAUUAAAUAUAAUAAUUGUCCCAAUAUUCACUUUGUAUAGAAUUGUUAUUAUUUAAUGAUAUCUGGAAAAUGAUACGAUUUUUUUUUAUUUAUACUCUGCCAGAGCUUUUCUUGUAUCAAUUUUUUUUUUGUAUUUUUUAUUAUCGAUUUACAUUUUUAUUUACAUUUUUUUAAAUUUUAUUUCCGAAGCAAUGUUUAAAUAUAAUCUCUUUUCUUUACAUUACCAUAUAAAGCCCUGGCAACUAUGCUCAGAAUAGUAUUAUAUUAACAAUAUUCUAUAAAAAGUGAAUACUUUGUAGAAUUCUUAAUAAUUUAAAUGAUAAAGAUAUUCAAAAAAAAAAAAUUAAGAAAUCUACCAAAGUUUUGUGGCAACAGACUUUAUAUAGUUGCGUGUAAAUAUCUACAAAUAUUGCACAUAUAGAAAUAAAUGUGACAAAACCGCGAGAUUUUUUUGGUAAUAAUAAUUUGUGUAAACCCACGAAAUUAUAAGACAAAUCCAAAAUUAUAAUAAAUAUAUAUAUAUGAAUAUUUGUCUUUGUGGUCCAAGGAGAAAUAGAAAUAAUUUUCGUAGAAUAGGGAUUUCCAUUGUACAUAUUUUUAAUAUUCAAAUUAUUAAGAAAGCUAUCAAUUAUAAUUAUUGAAAAAUUAGAAAGUGAAUAGAUAUCUUUUCUUUUAUUAUGAUAGAAAAUUUCGAACUUGUAAAUUGUUAUUUAAUUUUAUUUGUAAAUUAAGUUUUAUUUAUCAAAAAAAAAAAUUAUUUUAUUUGUUUAAACAAGAUUUUUUUCAAAAGAGGAAUAAUUUAUUUUCAUUUUUUCAUUUAAUUCAUUUGUUGUAGUAGUAAUAAAUUAUUAAUAUUUAUUAUUUUUUUUUUUUAUAUAAAGUAUAUGUAAAUAUAGACGAAAUUAGAAAAUAUAUUUCUAUUGAUGUUACAAUGUAAAUAACUAUAGAAUAGCUUUGUUUCAUUAAACGUGCAAUUUAGUAUCUCACUUUUAAUUAUAUACAGUGCAAUGGUUUCCUCAAUUUAAGGAAGCAGAUUCUAUAAAUUUAAAAAAAAUACUUUGUUUCCUUUUUUUGAGGUCAUUCCCUAUUUUAUAGAUUUAAAAACACAACGAUCUCAAUAAAAAAAAAAUAUAUGUGUGUGAAUAACCUGGACCCAUUGUACUUAAAUUACAAGUUAAGAGCCUUAUGAAAAAAUAUAAUAGAAAAUGUAGCAACAAUUAAACAUUCAGGCUUUUUACAUAAUUGCAAUCUGGUAUUAUUAUUAAUAAUAAACCCAAAGGAAAAAUUUAAUAGAUAUAUUUUCUUCAAAAAAAAAAAAUAUAUAAUUAUAUUUAAAAUACAAUUUUAGAACACACAUUAAUUAUUAUAUCUACAUAGAUUUUGCACAAAUAUUUAUAUAAUUUUGAAAAUCUAUUAAAAUUUUUCUUUGGGUACUCCUGUAAAAUCAGUAUGAAAAAAGAAAUUAAUCAAGACUAAGAUAAAUUAGACAAAAAAACGAAAAUCUAAAAACAUUUUCAUCCUUUUGUCAUGACUGAAUUAUUUUAGAAAUGUUUUAAGUGCGCCGUUUCAAAUAAUAACUGUGAGGGAAAUAAUGUUAUAUAUUAUUUAACUCUUUGUAAAACUUUUGUAUCUUAAAUCUUAAACAUUUUUGCGAAAAAAUAGUAUGAAAUUUGAUCUGUAAAGAUUAAUAAUAAUUGUGAGUCUGAUAGGCAAUCAAAUUUUUGAUAUAUAUGAAUUAACAGAAAAAGAAAAUCGUUUUGUGAUUGAACUCUAAUUCAUUGUUGGACAUUUUUUUCUUUUGUUUAAAAGAGUUUUUGUAUAUAUAUAUAGAAACAAAGAAAAAAUAUCAAUAUCAAAUUGCUGGUCAGAAAUAUUGUGAAGUAAUGAAUUUAAAAAAAAAAAAGUAUUAAUGUACCAAUACAAAUAGAAGUUUGUAAAAGUUUUUUCCACUCAAUGAUGUUAAUAGUGGAGCUCAUAAACACAUGACUCAUUUAUAACGAUUUAACAAUAAGCUUUUUCUCAUGAUUUUUUGUAUAUUCCUUCAUGCAGUUUAACGAAAACAAAAAAAAAUGUAAUCAGAGUGCUGUAAAAAUUAUAAAGAUAUUGCAAAUCAUGAUAAUAACAAUAACAUUUUAUUAAACCCAAAUAA